GGUGACAAACAGGUUAUUAUUAUUAUCUAUCAGUUAUUAUUAACUAACUUUGGUUUAACGAUAAGAUAAGAGAGGGAUCUCAAACGACAUUUAUCAGUUGAAAACGCGAAUGAAAACGUUAACACUUUGGGUGUGAUCGAUAAAAAUAUUGUUAAAGCUAAACCCAAAACAAGAAAAAAAUGUUUAAUUUAUUGUUAUUAUCAGUGUUGUUCUUAUUAAUUUAUUCCGCAAAUGGGUUAUUAAAUCUGUGCGGUUUAACAAAAUCGGAUAAUAAGUGUUUGUGUGAAUAUAAAACGAAUAAAUUAACGAAUUUUCCCGAAUUAAGUGCGAAUUGUCGCUGGAUUGAAUUGGAUCGUUUCCCAGAUAUGACAUCGUUUCCCGAUGAUUUAUCAACAUUGGAUUUGCUUCAUAAUAAUAUAAAAAAACUUGAUGAUACAACCACAACGGAAGCAUUGAAGACUCUCGAUGUGUCUUAUAACGAGAUUAAUUAUAUUGAGUAUGGUUUUUUUCAAAACUUUCCGAGUUUGGAAUCGUUAAAUUUAAGUCAUAACCUUUUAACGGCGCUAAAACAAGAUGCUUUCUCCGAUUUAAAGCAACUAAAAUAUCUCGACUUAAGUUUUAAUCAAUUUUCUCAAUUACCCGAUGGUUUAUUUAUUAAAUUAAAUCAAUUGAAAUCGUUAAAUUUGGGAUAUAAUCCUUUGGGGCAAUUUUUUGAGGAAAAAAAAUUGUUUUUUGACCCAAAUCUUGGGAUUUCAAAAAACAUUACUCACUUAAAUGUGGAUUAUUUGGGUUUAGAUAAAGUUGGAGAUAAUUUCUUUGAUGGAGGUGAUAAAAUAAUUUAUUUCACCGCCGCUGAUAAUCAUUUCGAUGUAAUUCCAUCGCUUCCAAGUAACUUGGAGUACCUGGAUUUUUCCGGAAACAACUUGACGAAAAUUACAGUGAGUCAUCUCACUUACGACCAAUUAAAAGUUUUAAAAUUGAAUCGUUUGUUUAAUUUAAAUGAAAUCGAUAAAUAUGGUUUUUAUAAUUUACAAAAAUUGGAAGAAUUGUAUUUGGAGAAUUGUCCGAAAUUGAAAGAAUUUAACCCGAUUGCUUUUGGAUUAAUGGGCGAGAAUGAAAAAUUAAAUUUAAAGAAAUUAGUUUUGGCAAGGAGUGGAAUACAAAAGCUUAACUCAACUUAUUAUCACUUAUUUAGAAAAUUGGAUUUUAUUGAUUUACAAAAUAACAAUUUUAUUUGUGAUUGUGAUAUUUUGUGGCUGCAAUUAUUAAAUGGAUCUUAUUAUAAACAAGAAAAUAUGAGAUGUAUGGCUCCAACCAAUAUAAGGAACGUUAAAAUAAUGCUUUUAGAAGAGAGGCAUUUACCCAUGUGCCUUAUGUCAACUCAAAGUAUUAAACUCCAGAAGAUUUUAAUUCCCAUUUUAGCAAUAGCUAUUCUUUUAUUACUUUGUUUGAUCGUUUAUUUACUGUAUAUGGGUCCUUAUAUGUACAGAAAUUAUAGAGGAAUUGGACCAGACUCGCCUUAUCAACACACCGUGCUUAGAGAUAUGAAUUAGAAUAUAAAAAUUAAUUAAUUCAAUAAUUAUUUUAAUUUCUAAAUAAG